AUGCGGCUGGCGGUGCUGUGUGUCCUGUGUCUGCUGCCCGGUGGCCUGGCUCUGCUGCUCCCCUGGGAGGCGGGCGGCCUCAGUGAGCCACAGUGGAAACAGGCUCAGGAGUAUCUCAAGAGAUUCUACCCAUCUGACUCAAAAUCGAGGGCUCCCAAUCGCUUUGGAGCCCAACUCAAGGAGAUGCAGAAGUUCUUUCGCCUGCCGGAAACCGGAGUGCUGGACUCCCGCGUGAUAAUAAUAAUGCGGAAGCCCAGAUGUGGACUUCCGGAUAUUGGGGAGUACUUGCCAUCUAAACACAGGCCAAAGUGGACUUCCAAAGUGGUCACCUACAGGAUCGUAUCAUAUACCCGAGACUUACCACGUGUCACAGUGAAUCAAUUAGUGGCAAAGGCCUUGAAUAUGUGGAGCAAAGAGAUCCCACUGUCCUUCAGGAGAGUUAUACUGGGAACUGCCGAUAUCAUGAUUGGCUUUGCAAGAGGAGCCCACGGGGACUUCUACCCAUUCGACGGGCCCGGCGGCACGCUGGCUCACGCCUUCGAGCCGGGGCCGGGCCUGGGAGGAGACGCUCACUUCGACGAGGACGAGCGCUGGGCGGACGGCCGCGGAGUCGGAAUUAACUUCCUAUUUGUUGCAACCCAUGAACUUGGCCAUUCUCUGGGCCUGGGCCACUCGUCUGAUCCUGACUCCGUCAUGUACCCCACCUAUGGAGCCGGGGACUCUGAGAAUUUUCAGCUCUCACCGGGCGAUAUCAGAGAAAUCCAGGAAUUAUAUGGAAAGAGUAGUUCAAGAAGGAAGUAGGAACUUCAGGGAGAGCACACGUUCAUUCAUCGGAUUCCUUGUAACUGUUAUCCAACCAGAGCUAACAGAAGAGGUCCCUGAACUCCGCUGAGUGCUGACUUGGCUCUUGCCUAUAUUGUGGUUGGUUUUCACGUGUUUCUGUCUCUCCUUCUGGGGAUAAGCCCCUUUAUGGCAUGAGUGUGUCAUUCAUCGAUGACUUUCCUCAAGCAACUUGCACUUGGUAGAUAUUAAUAAAUGUUAAAUACACGGAUAAAUAAAGCUUGUAUUCCAUGGUAAA